UAUGGGUUAGGAAUGGGAUGGCACUUAUGUUCAUAUGUGAGUCAAGGCAGUCCUGCAGGUCUUUAGCAACUCAUCCCUCAUUUAACUCAUCUCUGCUGGAAACAUGGCAACAGCUGGUAAGGUCAUCAAGUGCAAGGCAGCAGUGGCCUGGGAACCCAACAAGCCUCUCGUGAUGGAGGAGAUUGAGGUCGCCCCACCCAUGGCCAAUGAGAUCCGCAUCAAGGUUGUAGCAACUGGGGUGUGCCACACCGACCUGUAUCAUCUGUUUGAGAGCAUGCACAAGGAUGGCUUCCCUGUGGUCCUUGGUCAUGAGGGAGCUGGCAUUGUAGAGAGCGUUGGGCCUGGUGUCACAGAAUUCAAAACAGGGGACACUGUGAUUCCUCUGUCCAUCUCCCAGUGUAGAGAGUGUCGCUUCUGUAAAAACCCAAAAACCAACCAGUGUGAAAAAGGAUGGAUUGCUGAUCGCCACAGUGUGAUGUCUGCAGAAGAGUCCAGGUUUACCUGUAAGGGUCAGAAGUUGUUGCAGUUUACGGGAACUAGCACUUUCUCUGAGUACACAGUGAUAAACCAGAUCGCUGUGGCCAAGAUUGAUCCAGCUGCCCCUCUGGACAAAGUGUGUCUCCUUGGGUGUGGGAUCUGCACUGGUUUUGGAGCAGCAGUUAAUACUGCCAAGGUUGAACCGGGCUCCACAUGUGCUGUGUUUGGCCUGGGAGCUGUGGGUUUGGCUGCAGUCAUGGGCUGCCAUUUUGCAGGAGCCAAGAAAAUUAUUGCUGUUGACAUCAACCCAGAUAAGUUUGAGAAGGCCAAGGUGUUUGGUGCCACAGAUUUUGUGAAUCCAAAGGAUCACAGUAAACCCAUCAGCGAAGUUCUGUCUGAGAUGACCAACGGAGGAGUGGACUACUCCAUGGAAUGUGUCGGGAAUGUGGAAGUCAUGCGUAGUGCUUUGGAAUCUUGUGUGAAAGGCUGGGGUGUCAGUGUGAUUGUCGGCUGGACAGACUUGUUCGAAGUUGCUACACGACCCAUACAGCUGAUAGCUGGACGCACAUGGAAAGGCUCCUUGCUUGGAGGGUUUAAGAGUAAGGAUGGCGUACCUAAGAUGGUUAAAGCCUACAUGGACAAGAAGGUGAAGCUGGAUGAGUUCAUCACUCACAACAUGCCGUUGGCUCAGGUCAAUGAUGCAAUUGAACUGAUGAAGCAUGGCAAAUGCAUUCGGACAGUCCUGAAGGUUUCCCCACAAUGAGAACAUGGUGCUCAUUUUAAUGAUGCCAAAACCUUUUUAUGACCCGCAGCUGUGUUGAACCAUAAAACACCGGCAGCACAACACACUUAUUAAUGAAGUCUUUCAAAUUAUGAACACGGCAAAUUCCUGACCUUGAAGAACAAACAAUAUCCAGUGAAUGAUGCUAAUAUGUGAUAUUGAGGAUCAUGUACUGACACUGUUUUAAUAUGAGCAGAUGGGAUUUUAUCGCUUCCUUAUUUGUGUUCUGUUUCUGUUGUGAUGUGUUCAAGUGUCCAAGAACUCCCAUGUACUCACACCAUCUUUGUUUUACGACUGUUUGCUCAACUUGACAUGCAAUGUAGACAUCAUAUAAAAAAAUCCAAAGAAGAAUAAACAUCGUUAAAUAUCA